UCAGUGCGCACGCUGCCAGGAGCGUUUGGGAAAUAUUUCGCAGUGUGUUUAGUGUGGUGCUGGCUUCUUCUCAUGGCCAAUGGAACAGGUGAUGUUGUGUUUUGUCGCGGGACUGGACAGAGUGAUGACUCUGACAUUUGGGAUGACACAGCCCUGAUAAAAGCUUACGAUAAAGCCGUGGCAUCUUUUAAGAAUGCGCUGAAAGGAGAAGACGCUAUGGCGCCACAUGCCAAAGGGAAACCUGGCAAUAAACGAAAAAACAACAAAAAGAGCAAGGGCAGAAAGAAAUCUAACACGUCUCCUGACGGAGAGUGGAAAGUUGGUGAUGCCUGUUUGGCAUACUGGUCUGCAGAUGGAAACUUGUACGCAGCUACAAUUUCCUCAGUUGACCACGAGAAGGGCACCUGCGUCGUAUAUUAUAACGACUACGGGAACGAGGAGGAACAGAAUCUGAGUGACCUUCUCCAGGAUGCUGCAGAAGCGGAUGGAGAGCCACAAAAGAUGGUUGAUGGGAAGGAGGUGGAGUCUUCUACAGAGGAGAGUGAACAGUCUUCUACUCCACAUCAGUCUAAUCAACAGAAACCCAAAGCUAAAGGCAGAGCUCCAGUGGUACCUCCUAUGUGGGCCCCUGGCUUUCCUCCUGUUCCUCCUCCUGGCUCUCACUUAAGAAUGCCUGACAGCAGAAGAGGAGGAGGCCCUGGACCUGCUUUUCCCGGCUGGUCCCCGAUGAUGCCUCCAGGUCCACCGAUGAUCCCACCACCACCACCGAUUAGUCCUGACAUGUUGGAGGAUGAUGAGGCACUAGGUAGCAUGCUGAUCUCCUGGUAUAUGAGUGGGUACCACACAGGAUACUACCUAGGCUUGAAACAAGGUCGCAAAGACGCUGCCGCAAAGAAAUUGCAUCACAAAUGAAGCUCAUUCUGGUUGGACCCAUGUGGAAAGGGAUCAUGGACUGCUUCUCCAUGAAUCUCCUUCCUUAUAAGGUGCGUUCAUGUUAAUCACCACCUUCAGUUCUAAUGAAAGCUGAUAAUUCAUUUUAUAAUCGUAACCGCUGUUUCACUACACUAAAAGCUAUGAUUGUGCAAAUUGAACAAAACUCAAAAUAAUCUAAAAUAGCCCAUUCUCCUAAAGGGUGCCAA